AUGAAAAAUAAACAAAAGACAGCCUAUGACAAACAUCUGACUAAACCAAUGUCAUUUGACAUAGGACAAAAAAAAGGACCUUACAGGAUUCGUGAGAUCUUGAUCAAUAGAUCUUAUCAUUUAAGAGAAGAAGAUGGAUGUCUUCUUGCCAAACCAGUAAAUGGUGAUCUACUAAAAAGUUAUUUUGAUCAAUGGUUAUGGGAACCACAAAUA